AUGGAUAAAGCACGCAGCGUGCAGAUGAGUAAACGCGGUGCAGAAAACGGCGAGAACACCAGCGAGAAACAACCCAAAGCUGCUACGCGUUCCCCACUGGCGUCAGUAACUAACAACGUCGUCCCACCGAAGACCAAUCCCGCUGCCAUUCCCUUGCCGAGAUAUCGUAUGGGAUCUGGAUCGGGAUCUGACACCCUUCGGUUGAAGAAACGGAGAUGCGGCACCUCCGACCCGAAGAACAUAGACACAAACACAAACACUCCAUCUCCUGAAGGACCGAGUAGUCGAAGGGUGCGAUUGACGGACGAUAGCCCACUCACACCUGCUGCUGCCCCAGCCACCGAGAUGAAUGUUUCGACGGAGUUGAACCAGACGAAGAAGACGAAGGACUCCAAGGAGUCGAAUGAAACGAAUGAAUCCAAAGAUUCGAAGAUGACGAAGGAGUCCAAAGAGAAGAAUGAUUUCACUGAGAAGAAGGAGUCGACCGAGAAGAAGUCGACCGAGACGACCGACUUGAAGGAGCUGAAGGAGAGGAUAUCACGGCUAUCCGAGAAUUUGAUGGCACGAGGACGCAGCCCUAGCACGAGUGCAGUGAAGGCGGGUUUCAAUAUGCCGAUUGAAACACAGAGGCAGUGGUGGUCCGGGGAGACGGUGGGAGGGGAAGGGAACCGUGAAAUGAACGGUUUUAAGACCAGUCUCGAUACCUUCAGGGAGAAGCUCGACGAGCCGUUUGAUAAGCAGGGGUGGCGAAAAUCCGAGAAGUCGAAGGAAUCGAAAGAUUCGAAGGAGACAGAGGCGAAGAGCGAGCCGGUGGAGAUGAGCGAGACGGAGGAGAAGAGCGAGCCAAAGAAGAAGAACGAGCAGAAGGACGUGAAGCCCGUGAGGGAGUCGAUAGCACGGCUAUCCGAGAAGCUUCUGGUACGUGAAGGCGACCUUGGCACGGAUGUAUUUCAGCUGUCAUUCGAUAAGAAUAUUGAAACUCAGAUGCGGUGCGGCUCGGAGGAGCUGGUGGCAGUUGCACGCAGGCAUGGCAUGGAUUCGUAUAAGACGGGACUCAAUGAUUUCAGGGCCAGUCUCAACGAGAAGGUUGAGAAGCAGAAGAAGCGAACCGAGGAGCUGGUGCGAGCUCAACACAGGCGGAACUUGGAUUCCUAUAAGACGGGACACGUUGUCUUUCGGGAGAGACUGAAUUCGAAGGUUGAGGGUAUGAGGCGGCAGCGAUUCGAGAGGAUGAAGAAUGCUGCAACGAAGAACGCCCAGGAAAAAGCUCAACUGGGAUGGGUGAUAACGAAAGACAAGGAAGGAAGAUUGGGCCUAGAGAGGAAGAACGUGUCUCCUUGCACGAGACAGAGCUUGAGCUCGCAUGCCAGAUUCGUGGAUGCAGCGGAGACCAAAUCCGUCGAGGACCGCAGAACAGGACAGAGAGUUACAUCUUCCCCGCUCGCGCUAGCAUCCAAUGGAGUCGUGGUAGUGAGAGCAACGCCCGCUAUCCUCCCACCGAGAUUGGGCUUUGGGUCCGGGUCCGACUUCAGUCUGUCGAGGAAACGGCGACGGAGCAGCUCCGAUUCCACAGGCUCUCUAGUAGAGCCGGAUAAUCGACGAGUACGAUUUACGAACGAUGAUGAUGCACCCGCACCCGCUCGGCGUCCGAAGCCCACGCCAUCAUACACGCAAAUGGUGACCUCGCGCAGUUACGUCCCGCCGCCCGCAAACACCUGGCCAGCGAAAGGUCUCCUCCGAGCCCCGGCAGUCUUCGACUUCGCGCCGGACACCCGUAGCUCUCCGAACCGAUUUCAGCGUCCGGAUGCGGAAUCCCCGCUUCUUACCCUCACGAGGGAGGAUAAGUGCAGGAUCAGGAAGCUGCAGGAGUUGAAGGCGGAGUUUGAUCUGACUAGGGCCAGAGCCAGGUCGAUCGUUCAUCAGGCGGAUGUGAUUAUGGACGAUUUCUCCCCGAGGUUGAGGGGGAAGAUCGAGAGCAUGGGGGUCGGGCCGGAUCCGACGCAGGGCCUGGGCUUCGACGAGGAGGACAACGGGGAGAAUGAGGACGACGAGGACGAAUAG